CCUUUCCUCUCUCUCUCUCUCUCUCUCUCUCUCUCUCUCUAUUUAUAUACAUAAUAACAUACAUUUCUUUUUCACUGUACUUUUAGGAGAGAGAAAAGAAGAUGCAGAAGUCUUGAUCAUCAUUAGAGACAACACAUACACAGAUUUGAGAGCAAAAGAAUUUUUAUUUGAAUUUUCUUUGAAAAACCAGAAAAGGAAUAUAAAAAAGGAGGGACCCUGUUUCUUUUUUUUUUUGGUUUGAGAUUGAACAAUGGGAUCAUCUUCGGGGCAGGGUAGUGGCUUUGAUCUCUCAUUCAAGAUCUUGUUGAUCGGUGAUUCUGGGGUUGGCAAAAGCAGUCUCCUCGUCAGUUUCAUUUCCAGUUCUGUAGAGGAUCUUUCUCCCACCAUUGGUGUUGAUUUUAAGAUCAAGCAGCUAACAGUAGGUGGGAAGCGAUUGAAGCUUACAAUUUGGGAUACUGCUGGGCAAGAGAGAUUCAGAGCACUAACAAGCUCUUACUAUAGAAAUGCCCAAGGAAUCAUUCUUGUUUAUGAUGUGACACGGAGAGAAACCUUUACAAACUUGUCAGAUGUAUGGGCUAAAGAAGUUGACCUUUACCGCACAAAUAAGGACUGUGUGAAGAUGCUUGUUGGAAAUAAAGUCGAUAUAGAGUCUGAAGGGGUUGUAAGUAGAGAAGAGGGAAUGGCUCUUGCAAAAGAGCAUGGAUGUACAUUUCUUGAAUGUAGUGCUAAAACUAGACAAAAUGUGGAAAAAUGCUUUGAAGAACUAGCACUCAAGAUAAUGGAAGUUCCUAGUCUUUUGGAAGAAGGAUCUACUGCAGUGAAGAGAAAUAUUUUGAAGCAGAAACAGGAAAACCAAGCACCUCCUUCCAGAUCUAAUGGUGGUUGUUGCUCUUCGUAAGCUGCUAGAAGGAGGCCUUUUAUUAUGAAAGAAUGACUACAUAUCAAUAGAAGGCCUCAAAUAGCACUGCAGAUGGCAUGUACAAUGAGUUCCCACUUAACAACACAUCAUGAACAGAUCAUGUAUAUGAUAAUUGCUUUCCUUGUUUCUUACUGUGUUCUUUUACUGCUACUAUUGUUGCAGUCGCAGAGUUGACUUGCUCACUUGUAUCAUCAUCAUUCCGGAAAUACAGGUAUUUAAAUAACAUGUAUUAGCUUGUGUAUAUUUGUUUGCCUUUGUUUUUGCUGGCCAAUAUUCACUCAUGUUGCAAGAACAUAAUUUAUUUUAUUCUAUUCUAUUGGUUAAGUUAAUGUGAA